AUGAUUUCACCCGGCCGUUGCCUUAGCACGUCCGGUAGUAUCCCGCAUAAAAUAUUGGCCACAACAAUAAUACCUUGCAACCCGUUUCGCAGAAUUUUGACAUCCACGUUUGGCCUCUGGUCUCUCAAGGACAUCCUGAAGGUCUGCGUGACCCCUUGAAGGCUAACGAAAAAAUUAGUACAGUAUUUAAGGCGCUACAAGACUCCUGCUUGCUUUUGCUGCAAGAGACUGACGUGGCUACCCUUCUGAAAAUAUUCAGCAUUGAAAUUCAGGAGCAGACAUUCUCAAGACCAAAAGACUGUCCUUUGCUUUUCUGACAGGUACAAAUUUGGGAGAUAAAGACCUACAAUAAGUAAGUUCUUGUGUGUGCACUGUAGGCUAGAGAGAAGAGUACACAUUAAAAAUACAAUAUGUAGUUAAUCCCAGCCAGAGGGCUAAGGAAUGGUCAGAGUUCUACUCUCUUAAAGUUUCCACAAUAAGAGUUUUCUUCAGUUUUCUUCAUGCUGGCAAACUGGUAUGGUCCUAAGUAUGUUGAGUUGGAAUAGUUCAUUUUCCCCUGUGUGUUAAGUUUCAGUUGUGAGUAGAAGCACCAGAUUUUGUGACCGUAUAGAUUUUUGCCUUGGCCUGCGGCAAAGAUUUUCCAUGCCUGACGUGUGCCCAAAUUGUGUCCCUUCAGAUGGUGCUGAAGUUCAGCUCCCACCAUCCCUGAUCAAUGGCCAUGCUGGCUGAAACUGAUGGGAGUUAGGAGUUCAGCGUCUAGAAGGCCACUGGUUCCCUUCUAGGUGGCUGCUGCUUUACUUGAACACUUAAGAAGCUUUCCUUAAGAUUCAACCAAGGCCUACAUCCUUUCAUUGGGCCUUGCAUACUAGGGCUUUGACACCUGUCUGGAAGGUAGAUACAGUAGAACAAAUUACACAAAACAUUCUCCUGCCAAAUGCUUAUUUAAAAACCUCCCGGGUGAAAAAUCAAGCUGUUCUUAUUCUAUUAGUAUUCCUAUCUCUAUUGGGAAGUUAGGUUGACUUCAUUCAAAAUAUGUGGUUUCAGUUUGCCUGACGUGACUAGGGGUUGAAUAAUACGUGAGGUUCAUCACCAUGACUGCAAAAGCAAGCAACAGCCUUGACUGCUGGGUGGAAAUGGGCUGUCAUACACACGAGAAUGUUCAUACCCUUAAAUGCAGUUAUUUUCCAUGGAGUUAAUUCACCUGGUCAGUAGCCAGUCAAAUGUACAAAAAUCAAUUGAUGGAGAUGCCUGAGUAAACCAGGCCUACCUUGUCCUGCCUCCCUCUCCCUGCACACCUAUUACAGUACAGGGUUUUCUCACAGCCAUUAAAUCCUGCUGUUAGGCUCCAGAAAGUGGUUCAUCCAGUUCUUCUAUAUGAACUGUUUUCCUCGUUGUGAUUAAUACCGUUUCCACACUGAAGUGCCGUUUAUUAGUUUGAGCACACAGGUUGCAAUGUUAUUUCCUUAAACAACCCUACCUCUCUAGCUACCUUUUUGUUUUCAGCUUUGCAUAGCUGAGUGCCUACAAGGAGAGAGACAAGGCACAUGUCUAGUCAACUGAAACAUGUGCCCUUCUUAUUAAUGCACUCACUCUGAAGGGGAAGCUACGGUGGCAAAGCACCAUUACUAAAUAAAACAGCAGAGACAUUUAGCAGAAAUAGUGUGUAGGUGGUAAAAUGGAGUCACUGCUAUAGAUUUCUACAGGUGCUCAGUGAAACCUUGAUAAGUGUGAACAUGGAUUGACCAGGAAUAAAUGUUGGGGUAUAUAUGGAGCUAUUCUCCUGGAAUGCCAGUUUCCAGACACUUCUUCCCAUACAGCAUCUGGGAUCUUCUAAUUCCUUAUUUCCUGUUUCCUGGGGGUCAUCCAUAGUUAUUUCUGCAGGGAGUUCCAGAUACUGCACAGCGUUUCCAGCAACUCUAUAGCUUUGCAGUGAUUCCUUGCGAUUAAUGACGUUAUAACUCUCAUGAGAACCAGUUUGAUUGGGAACCCCAAUCUGUGGUGGAUCCCUGCCUCCUGCAGCUUUCUAGUAAAAAGGUUUUAGACAUUGAUACUUUCUAAGCUUUUGGGGGACUGGAUCUUAUAGCACCAUGAUAGGCCAUCUGUCAUGGGAUAUGUCUUGAGUGUCCCUUAGCUUCUUCCAUAUUAUUUUGUUUUUUUUAAAUAAUUUUUUAAAAUUAAUUUUAACAUAUAAAUUAUAAAAUGUACCACAAAACCUAUCACUUAUACAAUCCUUUUGGACUUCCAUCAGCACCUCUGAUGAUCCACUGUUUUAACCACUUCUUAUGCAUUUCUUAACUUUAUAUUGCCUUUACAUCUCUUAACAAAUCAUCCUCCCCCUUGUCCAUUUUUACAAUACUUCUAAUAAUACUCCUCACAAAACUUCUUGCAACCCUACAAACGUCAUUCUUCCAUAUUAUUUUGUUAUGGUGUCUGCCAAAACACAAUACCACAUCCCAGGGAAAGGAACCCUUCUUGGGCUUGGGCAAAGUAAACAUAUCCUCAUGCUCCACAUUUCCCUGAAAGCCACAUAAAUAUAAGAUUCACACGUCUCACCUGAUUUUUCGGCCUCCUCUCCCUUUUCUCUUUGUAAUCUGCUUGCAAUCAACAAAUUUGCUUUGCAUGCAUCUGCCCUAUUUCUUUUGCAGUCUCAGUCAAAGUGUUCAGAUGCACAUUAAUCUCUCUCAGCUGUCCCUUCCAUUGGAGUCAUUAAUUGCUUUCAUGUUUCUUUUACUAUUUCCCUCAUGAAGAACAACCAAGCUGCACAUUCACUGCAAGUUGUAGUCUCUUUCCUUUUACCUCUGAGCAACAGCAGCUUGAGCAGGCAACGUAUUGGACUUGGCCUUAGACAAAGACUCCGUGUUCAGCCUGUCUUUCUCCUGCAGGUGGAAAAAAUAGGAGAAAUCCACCCGUUUUUGACAAGUUUGUUUUACUGACAUUCCUUUAUUUCAGAGACACAUGCCCUGGGGAGAUUAAUUCCCUGAAGCUCCUGAAUGAUGGAAAUGGUUCCAGGCACUGGAGCUCUGGAGUCAAACAGCCAUUUUCUGCCUUGCUAAGCCACGUCCCCUUCUGA